AUGCAUACUUAUGAGACAUUACCUUCACGAUGUAAAAAGUUCUGGAGUCGAAGAUAUCAACUAUUCAGUAGAUUUGAUGAUGGGGUAUAUAUGACUUCGGAGUUAUGGUACUCGGUAACACCAGAGUCAAUUGCUAUUUUUACGGCUAGAGUUGUGAAAUAUUUACUUCCUGAUGCUAAGAAUAUCCUAGAUGUUUGUUGUGGAGGUGGUGGGAACUUAAUUCAAUUUGCAUAUUACUUUGAUAAUGUUGGUGGUAUUGAUAUUAAUUUAGUUAAUGCUAGAUGUUCUAUGCAUAAUGCUGAGAUAUAUGAAAUAGAUGAAGAUGGUUCUGUUCCUAUUCAUUGGGUACCUGAAGAUCUAAGGAAAGAGGAUGAUAUUGAUAAUACUUUUGAUUUCAUAUUCUGUUCUCCACCUUGGGGUGGUACAUCAUACAAUAGAGGAAAGGAUCUGUUUGAUUUAUAUGAAAUGCAUCCAUUUCCUAUAGAUAAACUUGUUCAACUGAUGUUACAAUAUACUAGAAAUGUUGGAUUAUUUUUACCAAAGAGUCUGAAUUUAGAUCAAUUA